AUGGCGAAAGGGCAGACCAAAUCAAAGUCGGUAUCGGUUAAUACCGUCCAACCAUCCGAACAGAUGGCUCUAUCGUCCGCUCUGUCCUCGCCAUGGGGUUUCCUCCGUCCCACGAACGAUUUACAUACCACCGUCGUGGAUUCUGCGAAGCACAUCCUGGACUCCCUUGCUGGUUCUGUCGUGGACGCCCAGACCACUCGCCGGCAACUCAACAAAAAGCGCAAAAGGUCGGACCUCGAAUCAGAUUCAGUCACCCAGCUCCAAUUGAAGAACCUCUACGUGGACGGUUUCACCUCGAAUCAAAUAUGGGAACAGGCAACACGGAUUCUCGAGUCGACUGGCGACGAGAUUGAGCGCGAUAUCACUUUGAUUGCCCAACAUGGCGGCUACAUGGAGUCGGCCGACUCCGAGCAGCUUGAGGAUAUCUCUGACCCCGAGGGUGCGCAAAGCGACAGCGACAGCCACGAGAGCAUGCUUGAAGAUCUCUCUGAGGGCUCAGGCGCCGAAGACGAUGUCGACGAAGCGUCUGACCAAGAGGUCGAUAUGGGAUCUGACGAUGACAUGGAAGACAUUGAAGACAUGGACGAUGAUAAUUCCUCAGUUGGCUCCGCCGAAGGAGAGCCCGAAAUAUUUGUCGAGGAUCGAUUUGGACUGAACGACGGAUUCUUCUCUAUCGACGACUUCAACAAGCAGUCCGAGGCUUUAGAGAGACAGGAUGCCGCAGGAGGACCCGAGCAGGCUGAGGACAGCGACGAGGAGGAUCUCGACUGGCAUUCAAACCCGUUGAUGGCUGGAAAUGCUGCGACCAUUCGCAAUGACGACAAAUCGAAGAAUUCACGCCCAACAGAAAAGGAAGACGAAGACAUGGAUGAUAGUGAGGAGGAAGGACCGACUUUCGGCAAUGCCGAUCUCCACGCCGACUCCGAUUCUGAUGACGAAGACGCCGCAGAUAUGGACGAUGGUGAAGCCGCUGCCUGGGUAAACACCAGUGAUAUCAAAUACGCCGAUUUCUUCGCACCUCCACCCCGCAAAGCCUCCAACAAGAAACACCGUGCCCUCCCGAAAACCCAACCCGAUGCACCAGCGGUCGAUGAGAGCGAUGUCAAACGCGCCAUUGAUGACGUUCGACGGGACUUGUUUGACGAUGUUGAUGCGGACUCCGCGGAAGAAGAGGAGGAGAAUCUUGACGGAUCGGCAGAUCCUACUGCCCCACGCUCAACACAUGAGAAGCAGAGGGCACGGAUCGCAGAUGAAAUUCGUCGUCUGGAGGCGGCCAACGUGGCCAAGAAAGAAUGGAUGUAUACUGGUGAGGCCAGAGCUGUCGAGCGACCCGUCAAUUCUCUCAUUGAAGAAGACCUUGACUUUGAGCGAAUUGGAAAGCCCGUUCCCGUCAACACCAACGAGACCACCGAGGACAUCGAGGAACUGGUCAAACGCCGAAUUCUCGCCAUGGAGUUCGACGAAGUCAUCCGCCGUCGGCCAGGUGCCGAGGGUCAGCAAGCCGGAAGAAAACCCCGCUUCGAACUGGAUGAUACCAAGCCACAGCAAGGUCUGGCCGAGAUGUAUGAAACUGAACAUCUUCGCGCUAAUGAUCCCAACUUCGUGGAUACUAAGGACCACAAGUUGAUGCGGGAACAUGCCGAGAUCACCAGUCUUUGGAACGAGGUCAGCUCUCAAUUGGAUACGCUAUGCAACUGGCACUACAAGCCCAAGGUCGCCCAAGCAAGCAUCAACGUCGUUACCGACGCACCAACAAUCAUGAUGGAAGAGGCACGCCCAACGGCUGGCGGUGCUGCCGGUGGCCCCGUUGGACUUGCGCCGCAGGAGAUCUACACACCCGGUGAUAAUGGCCGUGUUAAGGGAGAGGUGGUCCUCAAGACUGGCGCGUCAAUCUCCAAGGAGGAGAUGACCCGUGAGCAGAAGGCCAAGAACAGACGCCAGAAUAAGCAAACUCAAAAGAAGGCCGAUGCUGCCAAACCUACCCAGGAAAAGCCUGGCAAGGCGGCUGAGAAGCAGCAGAUGAUUUCAGACCUGAAGAAGGGAGGAGUUAAGGUCAUUGACAAGGAGGGCCGUAUGACGAAUAUCGACGGUGGCUCUGUCCACGAGAGCGCCAAAAACAGAGGAGACAAUCUGAAAUUGUGA